GGAUAGUCGAUUUUCAUAGAAAUUUAAUAAUUUUCGUUUUUCAUCAAAUUUUCUUUAAUAUAGAGGUAAUAAUUGAAAUUAAAGCAGUAUUACAGUGUCAUAGAUAGUUAAUUUAAUACCAUCUUAUGAAGGAUGGCGAAUUUUCCGGAUAUAAAGCAGAUUGCUGGCAAACACAUUGACAUUUAUGAAGCAUAUUAUAGAGCUGUUGAUCCAAAGGGCACUAAUCAAAUAGGUGCACUAGAAGCUGCUGGCUUUCUAAAGAAAUCUGGUCUUUCGGAUGUUGUGUUAUCAAGAGUGUGGGAUCUUUCUGAUCCAAAUGCAAGGGGAUAUUUUGAUAAAUCAUCAUUGUUCGUGUCCUUAAAAUUAGUAUCAUUAGCUCAAGCUGGCGAGCAAAUUAAUAUAAAAAAUCUACUUAUGGAAACAAAUGCACCAAGAUGUGGGGAUGUUCCAAAAAUGAAGCCACCACCUGUUCCAAAAAUGACAAAUGUUCCACCGCAUCAUCUUCGUCAAACGCCUCCAAUUAAUAAUACCGAUUGGACAGUUAAGCCUGACGAAAGAGCUAAAUAUCAGCAAUUAUUUAUUUCACUUCAGCCUGAAAGUGGUAUUUUACCGGGAAAUAAAGUGAAAGGAGUUUUGAUGAACUCAAAAUUACCGAUUGAUACGCUCAGUACAAUUUGGGAAUUAGCUGAUCAAGAUAAGGACGGAAGCCUUGAUGAACAUGAAUUUAUUGUGGCAAUGCAUCUUGUUUACAAAGCACUCGAUAGUAGAGCAAUUCCUUCAUCGUUACCAAAAGAAUUACAAAAACCUAAAUUACAACAACCAGUUGAUGAUUUUGGAGGUGGUGAAUUUAUUGCAAACUUUCCAACUGAUAUCGUUCCAGUUGCUCCUGUCAUUCCACCGUCUAGGCCUCCACCAGCAAAUAUUCCACCACCAUCUAUUCAAGCAGUUCCACUUAUUCCAGCCGUACCAAGCAAUGCAUCUGUUACAAUGCACGGUGACUGGAUUUUAACAACUAUCGAAAAGUUAAAGUAUCAAGAAGUGUUUGAAAAGAGCGACUUGGAUAAAGAUGGUUUAGUGUCAGGAAUGGAAAUUAAAGAUAUAUUCUUAAAAUCAGGCCUUCCUCAAAAUCUCCUCGCUCAUAUUUGGGCUUUAUGCGAUACUCAUCAAACUGGAAAGUUAAAUAAUGAACAAUUUGCUCUCGCUAUGUGGCUUAUUGAUCGCAAGAAGAAGGGAAUUGAUCCACCACAAGUUUUAGCUUCUGAAAUGAUUCCACCAAGCAUGCGUCCAAAUGCAGCUCCUGCUCAGCCCCAAAAACCAAUUUUUACGAACCCCGAACUGGAGAUGAUUUCAAAGGAAAUUGAGGAACUUACGAAAGAGCGUCAUGCCAUCGAAGCUGAAGUUGCUCAAAAGGAAGCUGACAUUCGAAUUAAAACUGGAGAAAUGCGCAGUUUACAGAGUGAAUUAGACACUUUAGUGGCGACCUUAAAGCAACUGGAAACUCAACGAGGUGAAGCUCAGAAGCGUCUCGAUGACUUACAAGCUCAGCAAAUUCAAAUCGACGAAGUAAUGAUGAUUGCAAGACGACAGGUCAAUCGACUUAAAGAACAAUGUCACAAGCAAGAAGAAACUAUUAAGGAACAAGAAACAGAGUUGGAUUCAAGGCGUUUGGAAUUACAGAAAUUGAAAGAAGAAGAAAAGUCAUUAGAAUCUGAAUAUGAUCAGCAUUUGAAGGAUAAAGAAAAGAUCUCUGUUCAAUUGCAAGAUACUCAUGUGGCUAUUAGUCAAGUCCGUGCUAUGUUUAAUCAAUUGGAAGAAGUUCAGCGUCAAAUGAAAGAUGCUUUAGCACUUUGUAAAGUUGCUAUUGAGGAAAAUAAUCCUGUUAUUGUUUCGGAUUAUUCGUUAAGUAUUGAACCUGAAUUCCGUGAUUUUAAGAAAGUUUUGAAAUCGCCAGAAGCAGAAAAACCGAGAGAUGCAUUUGGAGACGAAUCAAGUUUCAAUGAUCCAUUCAAGCCAACAUCGACUAUGGCUGCAUCGUCUGGAUUUGAUGAUAGUUUUGACAACAAAACUACUGGAUUUGGUGAUGAUGAUUCAUUUGGCAACAAAUGGAAUGAUCCAUUUACAUCACAGCCUACCCAUAGUGAUCCAUUUGCUAGCAACGAGCCAGCUCCUAAAGAAACUGUUAAAGAUGAUUUCGAUAGUGAUCCAUUCGCUAUGCUUCAUGCACCGCCAAAAGGAUCAAAAGCUCCAGAAUCGCCAUCACCAGCAUUACCACCGAAACAAGCUAAAAAGCCACCUCCUAGACCAGCUCCCCCUCGUCCAGCACUGCCUAAAGCAUCGAAUGAUGGGUUCGGUUCUGGAUUUGCUAAUUUUGACGACUUUGACAUGAAAGCAUCUCCAAUUUUAAAUGAAACGCCAUUUAAGGCAUCGAUGGAAAAUAUAAAAACUAAAGUUGAAAAGACCGAUGAUGCGAGUUCAACGACAGCAUCAGAUUUCCAAGAAGAUCCAUUCAAAAACUAUCGAUAUGAGGAUCCGUUCCUGAUUGAAGAUCCUUUUAAAGAUCAAAAUGGAAACGCUAAAGCUGCUGAGCCAGUUCCAGCUGUAAAUAAGUUCGAUAGUUUUUUCGAAAAAGACAGUUUUGACUCGGAUAUGUUUGGAAAACAAGAUAUGCAGGACGACUUUGACAGUUUCAAUAAUAAUAAUAAUAAUAAUAAUAAUAGCAAUAGCAAUAAAAAAGUGAUUACUAACACUAACAGUAAUGAUAAAUUUGAUCCUUUUGGACUUUCUGUAAGCGAAACGAAGAGAGCGAAAAGUUCAACUCCAACAAACUCUUUCGGAUUUGAGGCUAAUUUUGCAAAUUUUGAUGCAUUUAACAAUAAUAAUACGACCGGAUCUGAUAAUAGUUUUAACGAUGAUGCUUGGGGAGAAGUUAAGUCUACAAACAAGACGAAAAAAGUCAAGGAUUCCGAUGCAAAGGCAAGUAAACUCACAAAGUUUACGUCCGACUACUCAGAUAAUUACGAAAAGGAUUUAGAACAAGUUUUAAAGCGUAGCAUGUUAGAGCAAUAAGUUAAUAUUAUUUUAUUUUUUUAUGUCAAUAUAUC